UACAAGCUGUCAAGCUACAGACAUGGACCGCUUGUUUGGGUUUUCUCUCUUGCUCACCUACCUGUCAGUAAUAGAAAGCGCGGGAAAAACAGAGAGCUGUUUAUCACAACCAGGCGAUAUAAUUUGGAAAAAAACAGGACACAAUGCUGUUCUGUCCUGUACUGUCAGUUCACAGUGUUCAACCAAAAACCUGAGAUACGAGUGGUUUGCUUUCAAAGAAAACACCCCUCUUCGUCUGGACCUGGUUGGCAAUCAAAAAAAGUACAGAUUGAAUGGAACGUCUUUACACAUUCAAUCACUUAACGUCAAUGACAGCGGGAUCUACCACUGUGCUGCAGUGUCGGAUGGAGCACCAGCAUCCGGGGAACAGUAUGUAGGGAUGGGUACAACUCUUGAAGUAAGAGAAGUCUUAAAACCCAUGGCGAGACACAUUCUCCUGUGGCUAUUAUUUGUCCUCUUGGCCAUCUACAGCUUGGCAGUAGUGACCCUUAUCAUACUAAAGAAGCAUGGCUGCAAUAAAUGCAUGUGCAAAAGGACCUACACAUCUGACAAGAAUAGCUCAACUAGAAAAAAACAAUUCCGCAAUGUGCUGCAAGAAAUGUACAGCAAAGGGAACUUGGAGAAAAGCGAACAAACUGCUGGCAAAAACCGCUCUAAAAUUGAGGCUGCAAGUACUGAGGUCAAUGGCUCAAAUGGUGACAUCUAUCAAAAUGUCUAAGUGUCAGUCAAGGAUAUUUAAAGACAGGACGGAUUCAGAACUCCUUCAUCCUGAACGAGAGGAAAUUCCGAAACUAUGAAACACCUGACUGAAGACAUUGGAAACUUUACUGUUGUGACUAAAGAGUCAAUGUAGGCUGGAAAGUUAGUUGUGUGCUUGCUCACCUUUUCUCUUGAAGUGUGACAUAGAAACUACAACAAAGGUCCUGAGUCACUGUUCCUUUUCUCUCUAGUUUUUUGGUUUCAGCAGUAUUAAACAGACAGCUCUCCUUUAUAACAUUUACAGUCUGUUUAUUGUAAAGAGCACCUGUUCAAAACCAGGUCAGUGUUUUUCUGAAAUGUUUGAAACUCAGGAUUUUCUGCCACAUAACUAGGAUAGUAAAGAGCUGUUUGACAGAAAAAAUGAUGUGUGGGUUAGAAAAGGUGUGCUAUGUGUAACAGACGUCUUUAGAAAUAGCAGUUUUGUCUCAUUCCAAUGAUUGAGGACAAAAUUCGGCGUUCCCCAGUCUAAUUACAGGUUGGGAGUUUUGUCAGAAAAUAUUUCUCUCCAUCUCUUGAGGCCACACAGAACAGUUGGAUAGAAGAAUUCCUGGAUAUUGACCCACUGUACAGUAAAAAUGUGUAAUCUCUGUUUUUACAAGACAAUCUAUGCAGCUGUCUCUCCUUCCUUAGAAAACAUUAAGGUGCAAUGAGAAGAGGAAUUCAGCAAACAAAUAUUAGCAAUGUCUGGUUCAUUCCUCAUCAAUAUUCAUCAGGCACUGGCAACUACAGUUUAAAAGUACUUCACAGGCUCUGUCUGACUGGUAGCAAAAUUGGCCAAACUUUAUUCAGGGAUGUGUGUGAGAUCCAGACACCCACAUUCAUGUUCAGGUCUUGUCCAUGGCUAGAGGAAUUUUGGACAGGGGUUCCUAAGGGGAUCCUAACCCUCUGAUGGCCAUAUUUGGGGUGGUCUCUGAGGAUUUAGGGGCAGUUUUGGCCUUCUCCACACUGCUUGCUCAACAACUGAUUCUCCUCAAAUUCAAAAAAAAAAAAAAAAUACACCACCAUCUCAUAAACACCGGCGUGGAAAACGUGAUGGUACUCCUCAAACCCAGACAACGCUCAACCAGAAAGUUUAUAAGCUCUGGAAGCCUUUUCUGCUCUAUUUUAAAAUUGGACAAAUCCAACAUCAAUGUGACAAUUUUACAGCGUCCAGUUUUCUUCCUCGCUCUAAUUUAUGUCUCCCUCUUCUUUUGAUAUAAAGUAUGUAUGUGUGGAACAGAUGUAGGCUGGAGUUAAUAUCUGUGUGAAACAGUUUGUUAUAUUAGGAAAUUUUCUCUACAUACAAGGAAACAAAAUACUUGUAAACAUGAAAAAUUAGAAAUCACACUCUGGACAUAGUUGUGUAGAAACAUUUUUAAUCAAAAACCAUCUAAACCGAACUGAAAGAUUUACAUUCAGAUUGAAUUCGACCAUAAUAGAGUUGAUCAUUAUAAAUGAUGCAAUGACAAAAAAGGCACAUUACAGAUGACAAUACAUUUAAUACAGCAUAUAAUACAGCACAAUGUUCAAUUAAGAAAGGAUGUGUCUUUUUGGUCCUUGAGUUGUUUUUGCUCAGAAAAUCAUCUUUUAAGAAACUUACAGUAAGGUGUUCUGUAAUGAAAAUAAACUUGACAUGUUUGAGGCAUCGUGCUGAGUUACACUCUGUACUAUAACUGUCAUAUAUUUUUGUUCACUGUAAACACCCACAGAUACAACCCUGCCCCAGCCAGUUAACACCAGAAUUUACUUUUAUGUUACUUAUAAUGUCGAAGUGGAUGUUUAUGAGUGUAUGUACAUUUUUAAUAAAUAAAUGCAUGAUUUGAA